CUCAGAUUUCGGACUUGGUUCGUCUUUUGGCCCCUUUAUCUGAUCAAUCACCGUGCAUUAAUUAGAGUCUUGGUUUGUUGGACAACUAUGCUAGCCAACCACGCCAGCUAACGAUCUCCGGUUCCGGCGCAGUUGCCUUUUCCCACCCGUUGGUCUGACCGCUCCAAGACGAACCAGUUUACCUGAACUGUUCUCUGUACAUCCCUCUUCGUAUCAGUCAGACUUGAACGGAGUGGAUGAAAUGGAUCCUCCAUCUCUCGAAAACAGCCAUAGUCACAGCUUGUCACAGAGUCCAGGUCUCGGAACUGCCGGUUCUACAUCGGCAUCCUCCAACUCAGCAUCAGGAUUGGACCUCUCUUCUCAAUCGGGCAACCGGCUAUCCGGUUCAGACGUGCAAACUCACCAUCACAUUCCGCCGACAUCAUCUUCCGCCUCGAGCAACGGUCAGCGUACCGACCCAAGUAUCUCCGGUGUACGCUCAGACCGAUCUCACGCAUUCAUGUCACCCUCAACCCCACCAACGGCCGUGUCGCCCGGCCCUUCAAUCAGCGCGCGUUCGUCUCCUGCCCGAAGUCGUCAAGGAUCCAUAAAUUCUGUCGUGCCCUUAGGAGAGCCCGCUGUUCCAUGUGAGACGCGAGAAGAUGGUGGCGAUGGACCCGGUACUCCGCGACUGUUGCACAGUGUCGUAGCCGACGUCACCUCUAACCCCACCACAUCCACCUCGGAGCUCGACACCCGUCAACCAUCCCUUGAGCCGACCUUAGCCACGAGAUCAUCGUUCUCCGAGGCCGAUCUCAAACGCAUCUCGGCCUCGUCUGUCUACUCGCUGGCGUCCGCUCGCGGCAUCGUUCCUAGUUCUGCCGCGUCCAUCACAGGCUCAGAGACAAGUACUGCCCCCCGGAGCAUACAUAGUGGCGUCGUCACAACUGGUAAGCCAACCCAGGGAACUUCAGAGCCCCUCAAUGCCACUGGAAUCCCCUCCUCUGGCGGCCAACAGGGUCAUCAACAAGUAUCCCCAGGAGGACAACACCUCACUCCGCGUGACCCCAAUGUCGACGCGGCCAAACGCACCGCUGGUCCGUCACGGGGAGACCAAAAUAUUCGAGGACAGCCGACGAGGUCAAGAAGCCGCGCCAAAAGGAGGUUUAGCGGAAGCACUGCCGCCAGCAGUCACAGCCCCAGCAGUGAACGAACAGCGCAUCAGAAGGAAAGGGAAGAAGCCAAGCCGGCUCCUUGGGGCGUGAUUGGAAUUUGCGCCUUAGAUAUUAAAGCGAGGAGCAAGCCAAGCAGAAACAUCCUGAAUCGGCUGAUCGCCAACCGCGAAUUUGAUGUUGUCGUAUUUGGGGACAAAGUAAUUCUCGACGAAGAUAUUGAAAACUGGCCCAUAUGUGACUAUCUCAUUUCGUUCUACUCGGAUGGCUUCCCGCUUGACAAGGCUAUCGCGUAUGCCAAAGCCCGGAAGCCUUUCUGUGUCAACGACUUGCCUAUGCAGAAGAUUCUAUGGGACCGUCGCCUCUGCCUGUACAUCCUCGACAGCAUUGGUGUCCCCACACCGAAAAGGCUCGAGGUUAACCGGGAUGGCGGUCCCAAGGUGAUCACCCCAGACAUGUCUCGGCACAUGAAGGAAGUAUCAGGGGUGAAUUAUGAUGCUGAGGACCCUCGCUAUACCACUGCACCCCGCCGGGUCGAAUUGCUCGAUGACGGGGAUAUUCUAAGCGUUGAUGGCGCGCUCCUUAAGAAGCCCUUCGUCGAAAAGCCUGUGAGUGGCGAAGACCACAACAUCAUCAUCUACUUUCCCAAGUCCUCGGGAGGUGGUGGCCGAAAGCUGUUUCGAAAAAUUGGGAACAAGAGCUCAGAGUAUGAUCCUGGUUUAAAUACUCCCCGCGCCAUUCUUGAACCGCAGAGCAGCUAUAUAUACGAGAAGUUCAUGCGCGUCGACAACGCCGAAGAUGUCAAGGCCUACACUGUUGGCGCGAACUAUUGCCACGCCGAAACACGGAAGUCUCCUGUUGUCGACGGCGUGGUUCGGCGGAACACGCGCGGAAAAGAGGUCCGAUACGUUACCGGGUUAAAUGUUGAAGAAAGGGAGAUUGCGAGCAAGAUUGCCCUCUCCUUUGGCCAACGGGUAUGCGGGUUCGACUUUCUGCGUGCGGAUGGCAAGAGCUAUGUUAUCGACGUAAACGGGUGGAGCUUUGUCAAGGACAACGACGACUACUACGACCAUUGUGCGAACAUCCUCAAGGAACUGUUCGUCAAAGAGCGGCUUCGGAGAGGAGGUGUCACAUCGCCGACGUCGUCUCCUUCGGUUUCAGAUGUGGCGGACCCCCCAGCUGCGAGGGGAGGUAAGGAGAGGGACCAGGGCCAGAUGGCCACCUUGCCCCCAUCCGUCGCCAAAUCUACGAGCAGUACAUCAGCCAAAACAGGCGGCGAAAGGGGACAGCAAGAGUCGAAAUUGGACGAGCAUAGGUGGCAGCUGGGCACCUUGGCACCCAGGUCCGACAGCUCUGCCACAUCUGCUGUACAGGGCAUGACGACAAACCCAUCCUUACCCCCUCCACCCCCUCUGCGAGAUGGCGGGAAAACCAGUGCCUCGUCCACGGCGCCGUCUGCCACCCCAUCCGCCGCGGCGUCGUUAAAAGGGGAAACCAUCUCGGAACAAGACAAUGUUCCUGCGCCACCACUCCCCAAGCACUCCUGGAAACUCAAGGGCAUCGUAUCGGUCAUUCGGCAUGCAGAUCGCACCCCAAAACAAAAGUACAAGUUCACAUUCCACACCGACCCCUUUAUUGAGCUGCUUAAGGGGCAUCAGGAUGAGGUUCUACUGAUUGGAGAGGCGGCGCUAGCUAGUGUCAUCCAAGCCGUUGAUGUCGCCCUGGUUGCGGGCAUCGAGGAUCCCACAAAACUCGCUGCCCUACGCAACGUUCUCGUCAAGAAGGGAGGCUGGGCUGGCACCAAGGUACAGAUUAAGCCUAUGUUUCGAAAGAGAAAGUCAGAUGAGCAGAUUUCUGCCGAGGGGACGACUGCCCAGGUUGGCGACGAUGAUAUAAAGACGGGAUUGCGGGGCAAGAGAGCGGACAGAUCAUUGGCAUCGGAUGACAAGUCCCGCGGGUCGCAUCGUCAGGACUCUCUCUCGGGAGUGACCAUGUCCCGAAUAACGGCUGUCGAAGAGAGUUUAGUGCUGGAUAAGCUCCAGCUCAUUGUUAAAUGGGGCGGGGAGCCGACGCACUCUGCCCGCUACCAAUCCCAGGAACUUGGCGAGAAUAUGCGGAAUGACUUUCAACUCCUCAAUCGCGACAUCCUAGACGAGGUUCACGUUUUCAGCAGCUCGGAGCGAAGGGUUUCGACGAGCGCUCAGAUCUGGGCGUCCUCUUUCCUUCGCCAGAAUGACCUGCCCGACGACUUCAUCACGAUCCGCAAGGAUUUGCUCGAUGACUCGAAUGCGGCCAAAGACGAAAUGGACAAGGUGAAGAAGAAACUCAAGGGCCUUUUGCGGAAGGGCAACGAGCGACCCCCGCAGUUUGCCUGGCCCGACAAGAUGCCCGAGCCAUCCGAAGUCCAGACGCGAGUGGUCCAGCUGAUGAAGUUUCAUCGACGGGUGAUGCAGCACAAUUAUAAGAAACUCUACAACGGAGGUGCCAGCUCCCCACACAAUGCGUCGAGCUUGAGUUUGGACAAGUCGCAAAGCUGUGAAGCCUCCCACAGCUCUCUCUCGUCGGCUCUUUCACAGGCAAGCGGCAUCAACAGCAUCCAAUCUCGAUGGUGCUGUGGGGAAGAUGCCGAACUCUUCCGUGAGCGGUGGGGGAAACUCUUCCAAGAGUUCUGUGACGGUGAAAAGGUCGAUCCCAGCAAGAUCUCCGAGCUCUACGACACGAUGAAGUUCGAUGCGCUGCAUAAUCGCCAGUUUCUCGAGUGGGUCUUCACUCCGCCACGGCACAUGCUCGAGGAAGAAUACGGCGUGAGAGAGAAGGAGAACAAGGAGGGAAACGGCGGCUCUGCCAAAGAAGGCAAAGACGGGAAACCGGUGACCAAAGACGCGGAGGAGGGGAAGUCGUCCCAGGAGUCAAGGGACGACCGACGAGAGGGUGAUAGGCCUGACAGGUCCGCAGACGCCAACAGCAGGGGUCCGAGCUCAGUCAGACGGCUCUUCCGACGCCGGUCGUUCCUCAACGGCUUGCGGCACGGGAGCGAAGGCGCGCCUCCGGAGCAGUACUUCCACUUAUAUACGGGCAACGCGAAAACCAAGGCGAAAACAGAUGCCCGUUUUGAGCCUCUCAGGGAGCUGUACCAGCUCGCUAAGGUACUUUUCGACUUCAUUUGCCCGCAAGAGUAUGGCAUCUCGGACAGCGAGAAGCUGGAGAUCGGUCUCCUGACGUCACUGCCCCUUCUCAAAGAGAUUGUUCAGAAUCUUGAAGAGAUGCAGGCGUCCAACGACGCCAAAUCGUUCUUCUAUUUCACCAAGGAGUCGCAUAUAUACACGCUGCUGAAUUGUAUCUUCGAAGGAGGAAUCGAGACGAAGAUCAAGCGGAGCACCAUUCCAGAAUUGGACUAUCUCUCUCAGAUUUGUUUUGAACUCUACGAAUCCGAGACUAAGACGUCCGCCCACGCGGCUGAAGGCGAGGAGGAGCCGACCUUCGCGUACAGUAUCAGGAUCACAAUCAGCCCUGGAUGCCAUGUCUUCGAUCCAUUGGACGUUCAACUCGACAGCAAGCAUUGCAUUAGCUGCGCGCCUCGACGGAGUCUGACACUCCAUGCCGAUUGGAUGGAGGUCAUCCGCACUUUGAGGGCGAAAUUCAACCAGGUCAAAUUACCCAAGACCUUCCUUGCCAUUAACCUGUCGGAUCUGUUCUCCUUGGAAGACCAAGAGAAGGAGGACACUAACCAUGGCGCUCUGGAAAUCGAACCUCAAAACCUCGCGGAAGCCCCCGAAGAAUCAAGCGACUCUGCAACUCGUGAGUCUUUUACUGGGGAGCCCGUGGGGGGCAACGUAGAGGAUGUGGGAAAGGAGGUGCCGGCGGAGGUGUUGGGGGAGACCGAGGGCUCUCCCGCGAAGACUGGGAGUUAGAACUUCGUGUUUAAAUCUCUCAUUACGAAGCGACGAUUCCGUGCCAUGGCGAAGACGUUUCCCGGGUGGUAUGGUUGGCUCUUCGCGAGACCCAGUCCGUGUCGAAUACAGCGUAACCGUAAAAGGAUACAUACGAUAAGACGGUCAGAUUGAGAGGUUCCAAAUUAAUUGUUGUCAGAACAAGAAUAUCGGUACAAAACUUAUUGUUCUUGUUCCUUAGAGAGUUCUAAAAGUACUCCGAGGAAAUAUCUAUCUACUUACCUGCUUACUAUUCCAAUCAAAACUAAAAAACGACUCUAGUCUUCCCU